UCUCUGCAGCAUCAGUGACUGGGAAAUAACUGUGAGGUGGACUAUUUAUCUAACUAAACGCAAUAUAACUCGGCAGUUCGAAUUUUUGUUCCAGAUAAUACUAAGCAAUCCUUCUUAGACUGUGUUUUCAGCUGAGAAACCGACACUUGCUGCGCGCUGUACUGAAAGAAGCAUUGGCUUUAAAGAACUUCUUUUGAUAUGUUGGGUUUUUUAUAUAUAUGUAUAGACGAGGGAAAUUAGAUGUUAGUGACUUCUUGUGAAGCAAGGCGUUUUAUUGUACUUUUUUUCCUUUUAAAAAAAAAUAAAAAAAACAGGAGGGCUUUUUGGACACUCCAAGCGUACGCGCUCGUGACAAACAAACUGAACCGUUUGUCUCGCGCUGCAGCUAUGAUCGCGUUCUUUGCUGCGCUCCUGUGCGCUCGCGCGCUGGCUGCUGGAAACCUGGCGCUUGCGGAUCGCCAACCUCAGGGCGAGCGCUUCGUGUGCACCGCUGUCCCUGCGGGAGCCGACCUCAGCUGCCCGGUGGACACGGAUAACCGCGUGCAGAGCGCGAGCCCUCAGGAGGACGAGUUCAGAAGCACGAUCGUGCAGCUCCGGGAGACCGUGCUGCAGCAGAGGGAGACCAUCGCGAGUCAGCAGGGCACCAUCAAGGAACUGAACUCCAAACUUUCGCGCUGCGAGACCGCAGCGCAUGACGCGCGAGACAGCAAGUGGCGCGGAAGCGCGCGCAGGAAGGAGUACGGUAAGAACACCAUGGGCGAUCUGCCGCGCGACCCCGCUGAAACCAUCGAGCAUCUGGGCAAGACCAUGCAAGGGCUGAAGGACCGACUGGAAAACUUGGAGCAGCAGCUGCAUGCCAAUGCAUCUGGUGGGCCGUUCCCCAACGAACUGCGUGACCUGCUAAAGCGGCGGCUUGGGGACCUUGAGAGCCAGUUGUUGAGGAGAGUAGCUGAGCUUGAGGAGGAGAAGACUCAGCUAUACAAUGAGACAAUGGCCCAUCGGCAGCACACGGAGAACACGCUCAACUCGCUGCUGGAGAGGAUCACAGAGCUGGAGAGAAGUAGCAGUGCAUUUAAAUCCCCAGAAGACUUCAAGGUUUCUCUGCCCUUGCGCACAAACUACCUCUAUGGCCGCAUCAAGAAGAGUCUACCAGAAAUGUAUGCCUUCACUGUGUGUAUGUGGCUCAAGUCCAGUGCUAGUCCUGGCAUUGGAACACCGUUCUCAUAUGGAGUCCCUGGACAAGCCAAUGAGAUUGUGCUGAUAGAAUGGGGCAACAAUCCCAUCGAGCUACUUGUCAACGACAAGGUGGCUCAGCUGCCUUUAUCAUUGGGUGACGGUCGAUGGCAUCACAUCUGCAUCACCUGGACGACCAGAGAUGGCUUCUGGGAGGCCUAUCAGGAUGGCGAGAGGCUGGGCACUGGGGAGAACUUGGCCCCAUGGCACCCAAUUAAACCAGGGGGAGUGAUCAUACUAGGUCAAGAACAGGAUAUUGUUGGGGGAAGGUUUGAUGCCACACAGGCUUUCGUAGGAGAGCUAAGCCACUUCAAUAUGUGGGAUCGGGUUCUCCGCCCUACAGACAUCUCUGGCAUGGCCAACUGCUCGGCCUACAUGCCCGGCAAUGUCGUGCCCUGGAUAGACACUAAUGUCGAGGUCUUUGGAGGAGCCACAAAAGCAGCACUGGAGAUAUGUGAGGACCGUCUUUUUGACUCAUAAGCUUGACCCUGCCUAUAUGGAUCCAAUAUUAUUUUUUGGAGGUAAAACAAAAAACCCACCAUGCUGCUUUGGGACCAUUGUGGAGAGACAGUCAUUUUAUCAAACAGUAUUCACUGUGCUUAUAUCAUUCUCUCUGUUGGAUUUAUCCUCUUUUUUGCUGUUUCUUUUUUUGUUGUCAACAAGGUCAAUGAUUUAAGUAAUUGUGGCUUGUGAAAUAUAAAAAACACAUUCAGAACAUUCCAGUUUAAAAAUAUUUAAACAUGCGCAAGCUUAAGCUUCUUGUCAAUGUUAGAUAUGUUUUAUGUUGUUGCACAAAGCUGAAAAAAAAAAAAAGGAUGAAUUUAUUAUGAGAGGAGGAGUCACUGGAUUGUGGAGUACUGUUGUAUGAUUGAACUGCAUGAAGGCUUACAGUUAAGUUCAUUUUAAUGUCCUGUACUUGUAUUACACAAGCAUUUAAAGCACCUUCAGCAAACUGAGGGAACCUAAGACAGGGCUUGAGCAGAAGCACUCUGCUCUUUAUAACAUGCAUGAAUGAAAAAUUCUCUUCAAAUAUGCAAAGCUGUCUACGCACCCAAAUGUGACCGAAUAUGAUCAAUCAGGAGCUUAGUGGAAGUGUGCAUACACUUUCUUGAGCAUUCUAUGGAUCCAGGAGGACAGAGAUGUGGAAGGAGGGAGAUAUUGAUGAUCAGAACCAGCAUAUUAUGUUUGAGAAAUUGAAAGAAUGUUUUGCAAAAUACUAGCUUUAUGAAUAAAAGAGUCACAGACACUUUUUUAUACAUUUUUAUAAAUGGAUUUUCUGUCAAGGAAGAUGAGUCUCACUUUAACCAGAAUAACUGUGUAGCCCUUAAUUCUGUUUGUGGUCUUGGAAUUUCCAGACACUCUUUAAAAAGGUAUGAUGAUAAACGUACCAAUGUUUUGUCAGAUGGAAACCUAGUUAUAUCAGAAUUAUGGCAAGCUUUGAUUUCUAUAUUGAAAAUUACUUUCAAUUAUACUUAUACUGUAUUUGUAUUUAUGUUAAUAUAUAGCUCUUAUAAGAUAUGAACCAUGCUAUGUUGCAUUUCUAGGUCUAGCAAUUAUGUUUUAUGGUCAUUAACAGAUUUCAUCACCUCUGUGAACUGCCGUAUGCACUUCUACUUUGUAGCAAAUAAGAGGAUUAAGGAAUUGAUUAUUUUCUGUCUACUAGGGUUUAAUUAAGUGCAAAGAAAGAAAACUAGAUGAAAAUAAAGAGUUGAUUUGUAAAUUCUCGUUAUUAUUUAAUUAUAUUAUGAAAUAAUAAUGUACUAGGGUCUCUGUUGACCCCCAAACAAUAAGCAAGCAAGAGAAAUCUCAACUGAACAUGAAUGGUAGUCUAUUAGAGGAGAAAACACUUGUUUAAUGAUGUACAAAACACUGGGGGGGGAAACGAAUGCUUUUCUGUGGUGAUAUAAAAGAAGUAUUGAUGGAUUUUAAUGAAAUAGGGGUUGCUUGCUUUCGCUUGCGUUGAAUGCAUUAUCACCUCAAAAGCUGAAAGAGCACCAUGCAUUAUUUUUGUACAAAGUCCAUUAACGCUUGCUCGUUUUAGAGUAUUUAUUAACUAUACAGUGAUGUUUCAAUAAAGCUGUGCAAUAGCUAUGAUGUGUGAGAGUUUAAUGUAUACCAAGCUUUCUGUCAGGUUUUCUACAUAUUUACGCGGCCUACUACACCACUAGGACCUGUCAAUCCUAAUGGAUCUGUGUUCAAAUGUAGGAAGGAUGGUUUCAAUUAUGUGUUUACAUGCUGUAGAAUGGAAAAGUAAGUCCAACACAUUCUUUUAAAUGAUUCUUAUGCAGUAAGUAAGCAGAAAGUAGGUUAUUUUUUGCUGCUGGUUGGUAUAUGUCCUUUAUGAAAGAUUGUGUACUGGUAUAAAACAAUGCCAAUGGCGUAGAUGUUUUUUUGUUUAUUGAAUGUGUGAUUAAUUUCAUUUGAAUGACUCUGUUGUCAAUUAACAAAUCUAUUACCAUGUGUAAGAGAAAAUUAUGUAACCAUUUAUGUCGUUUGUAUUUGUUUUGUUUAAUUAACUGAUUUUUUUUUCCCCCCCUGGAAAACUGAAUUGCCUUUUCUGAGCAUUAUUGCUUUCUUGGUCAGUCAAGGAUUUUGUCUUUUAUUCCUGAUAUGGAACAACACACACAAUUCAGUGUUGAAUGUAGUUGAAUAUCUUUUUGCACCCAAU